GAGUUGAGGAGGCGAAAGGAGGAGGCGAUGGGGAGAGGGAAGAGGUACAGUCCUCCUCCGCGCACCUAGGCGUCUGGGCGAGAGAGACGGCGGGAGUGGGCUUGGGGUUUUUGUCGGAGACCCCGAGUAGGGCUUCGUAGAAGGUGAGGGUACAUGUGAGUGAGGCGAUGAGGAGUCUCCAAAGGCUUUCCGGAGGAGGUGGCGGCAUCCAGGAUUGGGACCUGACAGGGGUCGGUCGGAGAUGGGCUUGAGGUUCUUGCCCGUAGCAGGAGACUUGGACCAUCUCUGCCUGGAAACAGGAAGCCUCAGGAUGACAGGGACCUACGAAGUAGCUCAGGAGUCACCACCUGUUUCAUAGGCCAUUCCCUUCUCUUCAUCUGGAAUACCCCUUGGGCAGCAUCAGAAGGUUCUGCUCCAGUUCCAUGAUCUUCAACAUGGUCCACCCACAAAUACAUUCUCUAUUCGUACCUGCUCAGUGCAUUCUUUUUAUGGAUUCUAAAACAACCUAUUUAGAGGAUUCUGUUCUAUCUAGUAUCCUUCCAAACUGGAAAGAAUUGGUGUCCUUUGAGGAUGUGGCCGUGUAUCUCACCUGGGAGGAAUGGGGACUUCUAGACCCUGCACAGAGACAACUCUACAGGGAUGUGAUGCUGGAGAAUUAUUGGAUCCUUGUUUACCUUGGUUGUAAGUUCAGAUCUGAGAACAAGAAUUUGACUCUAAGGCCAAAAAUCCUGAAGAAGGUGAAAUUAUAUGAAAACACAGCAGAAAAACCUCAACAAGAUGCAUUCCAUGUAUCAGAAUUUGAUGCAACCUUUGAACAAAAAAGCAAUUUAGCUAGAUAGAUGAGAUACUCUAAAGGGGAGAGUCAACUUGAAUACAUUUCAUAGCAAAGAAGUUCUGAGCCAAUGGAAGUUUUCCACACACACACACAAAAAACAACCACCAAAGAAGAGAGACAUCAAGAAUAUAAUGAAUUUGGUAAAACGUUUGAUUGGAGCUCAAAGUUGAUUUCAUUUCAGAGAGUUUCCGCAAAAGAAAGAGACUAUGAAUAUAUUAUAUGUAGCCAUUUUCCUCAGCUUUCUGUUCUUAUUGAGUAUCAGCAAAAUCAUUGUGAAGAAAA